AUGGAGAGCCAUGAUAUUUAUACAGGUAUAUGGCGAAACUACUCCACCGCAGGUCUAGACGGCAAAGUUAUAACUCUGCCCAUACAGUCUGCUGGUUAUCUUAUCUCGGGUCUGACGGUUCUCCUCACCCUGGCUGUGGGGAGCUGUUGGACAAUUGCUGCUUAUGCUCUCCACCAGUGCCACGUUUCAGACGCUACCGACCCGCUGGAGCUUCAAUUACAAGUCCUCCUCCGCAACGUUGAAAAGCCAACGUCUGCUGCGUGGCAUCUCGCCAAGAUUUGGUGGGCUUGGAGGAAGUCUAGUGUCCGACAUGUCCGCAAACUGCUCUGUACAGGCCUGUUCGCUAUCAUUUUUGCCGCCGCGAUCGUCCCAGUCGGUACGAUCGUGGCAAGCAUCGCUAGCACGCGAGAGGAAGUCGUGCUGGUGCUAGCAAAGCCAAGAAACUGUGGCUAUGUCAGAAGCAACUUUUCAGUUUCUUCCAGCAAUGACGCCUUUGCGGCUUCAUUUGCGUACACCACUGACAAGGCGAUCCGCGGUCGAGCUUAUGCUAAAGCGUGGUAUCGGAACGCAGAGGCGUCGCGGCGCGAUCCUCCCUCUAGCUUUCCCGUUGCAAGGCUACCUUAUCGUAAUGAUACAGUGCCCUGUCCUUUGAAAGGCAAUCGAUGUCGCUAUUAUGCUGCUGAUACGAACGACGAAAACAUGGCCAUUGCGUUAGACACGGGUCUGUUGGAUACUGGCGCCUAUCUGGGCAUUAAUGGGCCCAAGGAACACAUGAUCCAGUUUCGAAAGAAGACGACUUGCGCGCCUACCAGAAUCCCCGAUCUUUGGGUGCCCUACCAAGACGGGUCCGAUAAUUUCACAGCCCUGAAGGCAGGGCCUUAUGAAGGACCUGGCAAUAUUACGCUCAAGUUCAACACUCGUAUCCGGGAUGAGAAUGUCGGAUAUGUCACGGGAUUUGCAGUGAUAGACCCUGGUGCCAUCAGCGCGUCCUUGGAUCAAUGGCAGCCGACUGAUCCCUUCAAACAUGACGACGCGAUUCUCACUCUUCACGCGAUUCUCCCCAACGUUGUAUAUCUCGGGCCCGUCAACGAUCCGAUGUUUCUAGCGUCAGGUAAAAGCAAGAAGAUGAAUCUAGGGAAAUUGACGUAUCGCAGUGACUACUUCAUUACCUCCCUAGUUUGUCUCGAUCAGGUACAGGUCUGUAACCAAAAUAACAGAAAGUGCUCCAGCCUCACGCACAACAGUGAGGCCUUCAGACAAGGCGAGACAGGCCUGGAUCUUAACAGCCAGCAACUUGGCGUAUUAAAGAGAGUUAUUUCUGCCCUCGUGGAUUCUACGACAUUCCAGUCCGGAAUCGCCCCACUUGGAAGCACAGGGUUACUGGCAAGCGAACUAGUGUAUAAUAAUGCCAUCUCCCCACCGCUCCCGGAUGACCAAUGGAUCAAAGAAGUGACUCUCUGGUUCCAAACAGGUCUUAGUAUUCUCCAGGAGCAAAUAAUGCUCUUCCUGGAUAUAUCCGCAUAUAAUGACACCAGCGGAGCCUUUAUACUGGAACCAGUCAAAGAGUUACCUGGAAAAGAUCGUGCCGAACUGGAGUGGCAGUGCGCCGCCCAGAAGAUCCCUUCCCAAGGCCAGGUUCAGAACUUCAAUUACGCUGCUGUCAUCGUCAUUGGCACUGUGUCGGCGAGUAUUAUCCUCAUAGGAUUGAUCCUUGAGCCGGUUAUUGGAUGGAUAAGGAAGCCGAGGAGUGAAAAGAAGAAAAAGGAGAAAAAGGAGACGAAGGAGAAGAAGGAGAAGAAUAAACGACAGCUGGCAAGAGAUAUGGACAGCUUAUAUUGGCUUCUUCGUGCGGCAUUGCUGGGUAUCGGCGUGACAGCUUGGAAUGACGAUGAGGGAGACAUUCCAGUUACUACUACGGGAGUAACAGUACAACACCCAGGCAAAGACGACAGGGAGUGUUGCCAGAGGUUUUAUAUAGCUGACAGGUUAGAACCCUGUUUGCAUCAGAUCAGAAGUGGUAACUUGCCGUCUAGUAAUUAA